CCCGCCCCACACAGCAGCCGGCCGGUCGCUCCCUCCUUCCCUAGAGCGGUUGAAAUGACGUCACCGCGCUCCUGAGCUCCGUUUCGUUGACAGCGCGGCGGCGACUUCCCAUAGAGCCCGGCGGAAAGCACGGACAGCUGGAGAGAGCGAGUCACGGGCACCGAGCACGGGCCACCAAGAAGGGAGGAGGAGGGAGGGCUCCGUGCCACUUGCUAAAGACGAAAACAAGUAGCUCCUCCUUUCGCGCCUCGUCGCCCUUCGUGUCCAUCCCUUUAUUGCCAUUUUUAAACGUUACGGUUGCUAUUGAAGGGUGGAAUGAAUGUUGUUGAAUGACUUGGUUUUGUCUUGGAACUAAUUCCUGGAGUAGCCAUUUCAGUAGUCACUGAAGCCACUUGGUGGCUUACUUCCCUUCAAAGCCGGGGUUCCUUAGGACUUGUAAACACCCGAAGGUGUCCCUCUUAAAGUUUGUUCGUCAUGGUGCUGUCACAGAGACAACGAGAAGAGCUAAAUCGAGCGAUAGCAGACUACCUGCGUUCCAAUGGCUAUGAAGAGGCAUACUCUGUUUUUAAGAAGGAGACAAACCUAGAUAUGAAUGAAGAGCUAGAUAAGAAGUAUGCUGGUCUCCUUGAAAAGAAAUGGACAUCUGUUAUCAGAUUACAAAAAAAGGUUAUGGAAUUAGAGUCAAAAUUAAAUGAAGCAAAAGAAGAGUUCACUUCUGGAGGACCUAUAGGGCAGAAGCGAGACCCCAAAGAAUGGAUACCUCGCCCUCCAGAAAAAUAUGCUCUUAGUGGCCACAGAAGUCCGGUGAACCGCGUUAUUUUCCAUCCAGUAUUUAGUGUUAUGGUCACUGCUUCAGAAGACGCAACAAUUAAGGUGUGGGACUACGAGACGGGAGACUUUGAACGUACACUCAAGGGCCACACAGACUCUGUGCAAGAUAUCUCUUUUGACCAUUCUGGCAAGCUCCUGGCAUCCUGCUCAGCCGACAUGACUAUCAAGCUAUGGGAUUUCCAAGGAUUUGAAUGCAUCAGAACAAUGCAUGGCCACGAUCACAAUGUUUCUUCAGUAGCAAUUAUGCCCAAUGGAGAUCAUAUAGUAUCUGCCUCAAGGGAUAAAACCAUUAAGAUGUGGGAUGUACAAACUGGGUAUUCUGUGAAGACUUUCACAGGGCACAGAGAAUGGGUUCGCAUGGUGAGGCCAAACCAAGAUGGUACCUUGAUUGCCAGCUGUUCUAAUGACCAAACUGUCAGAGUUUGGGUGGUAGCAACAAAGGAAUGUAAAGCAGAGCUUAGAGAGCAUGAGCAUGUGGUAGAAUGUAUCUCCUGGGCCCCAGAAAGCUCCUAUUCUACCAUCUUGGAUGCUACAGGAUCUGAGACUAAGAAAAGUGGCAAGGCUGGACCAUUUUUGCUGUCUGGGUCAAGAGAUAAGACUAUUAAGAUGUGGGAUAUUAGCACAGGCAUGUGCCUAAUGACACUUGUUGGCCAUGAUAACUGGGUACGCGGCAUUCUGUUUCACCCAGGAGGAAAGUUUAUAUUGAGCUGUGCCGACGAUAAGACCCUCCGUAUUUGGGACUACAAGAACAAACGCUGCAUGAAAACCCUAAAUGCGCACGAACACUUUGUUACCUCGUUGGAUUUCCACAAGACUGCACCUUUCGUGGUCACUGGAAGCGUAGAUCAAACAGUAAAAGUGUGGGAGUGCCGUUGAUUUGAAGUCACCUUUGGGUUCCUUCGCCUAUUCCCUUUCCUCUGGAUGCACUCAGAUACCAUGGUUACCCAUUCAGCUCUGUUAAAUACCUAUUGUCCUUUCAUGUAAAUUAUUCUGGAUGUAGAUUGAGCUUAUUAAAUGUUACACAAAAAGUAUUCAUGCAUGGUGAAUCCAAAUUGUAUACUGUAAAUUUACAUACGUUGUCUAGAAGUACCAUAGGUUUAAGAAUAUGGGCAGGCAUUGGUCACAUCAGACCUAAGAGACAAGAACUGGGUAAUUCUGGGGUGUCGGAGAAGCGGACUGUCACUCGCUCUAGCUGCAGGAUCGUGCCUGUCAUUAUUUUUGUCUUCAGUCGUGGUUUCCUAGAUCCGUGGGCUCACUUCAGAAGCACAUGUUUGUAGGGCUUUUUGAAAAGUAAUGUGUAUCUGCUUCACUAUCUCAGUGGGCUUUAAAAUCUCACCCUUCGCAUUGAAGUGUCCAUGGAGUUUGAGAAUGUUGUGAUGCGGCAGCACUUGUCUUUUUAUGUAAGAAUUGAUUACUGCAAAACAUAGCACUAACUAUUUAGUCGUUCCGGUAUUAAACACCCAACACUUGUUUCUUUUUUAAGGAUUUGGCUCUCUUUCGAUUUGAUUAGUAUCUGAUGAUCACCACCUGGGGUACUUUCCGGGGCAUUACACGCUCGAUGGCCUUUAAGGGAAUGAUUGUUGGAUGGUAACCAAAGAUUUGUCAUCAAAGUGAAAAGAAAAAAAAUGAAUUAUGCAACAGAUUUGUCACAGGAUUACAGUAGUUACCUCCGUAAAUGUUUGGACUUUAUUACAGUCACUUUGCAUGCAUAAAACCUUGUCAUCUUUGCGUCUUCAUUUAUCACUUCAAACAGACAUUGUGUCUCAGGGUUAGCUACCAUCAUGCCUUUUUCCUCUAGAUGCUCUAGAGAAUCCUAGGGCUUUGGCAGUCAUGUAUUUAAUAAAAUAAAGGAAUUAAUCACAACAGGCCAUGUACAUCUCUCGUCAUCAAUAUUGUGGGUGCCAGAGUUGCGCAGAACUCUUUACAGUUCAACACUUUGCCUUUCCCCAUGGCCCUGGAGGGGUUAAUGCUUCUGGGUUGUAAGGACACAAAUUAGUAGUAUCUAUGUAAACCUGUUUGCCUUCUGAUGUUCUAAAAUAUUUCUCCUUUUUAUUCUAAUGGACACUUUUACUUCUAUUUAGUUGACAAUUCAGUACAAGACCACUCCUGCUCAAUGCCACUGCAGUUUAUUUCUUCUCCCUCCAGUAUUUAACUACAGUAGUUUGUUAAAUGUUUGUCCGGUUUCUCAGUCUGUGUUCUUGUCAUUAAUUAAAAAGAGGGGCUUGAUGAA